AUGGACUCUGUGGCGCAUCCUCGGUCUGAUGAAGAUCUUCUACUUCCUGACCAGCGCACGAGUCUCAAUCGGAAGUAUUGCUUGUAUGCAUCGCGAAUCAAGCCGCUCACCGUCGAUACAUCUGCUGCAGAUGAAGUGCCACGGCUACCUGACAUACCUCCAUUACCCGUCUCGCCACGAUGGGACUCGCUUUCUCAUGGACUGCACCUGCUGAAUUGUAGUCCAAGCUCUGGUUCGAGAGCGUCACCGACUGUGCAACCUGAAGCUAUACCACCCCAGCCGUUUCCCCCUCUAGCCGAAACUGCUGUGUCUCCAUCUCGUCGAAGCCCUCGCAGUCUCAGGAUAGGCACCCCAGAACCUCGAAACGAAUCGCCAUCUCGUUCCAUUAGAGCCAAAACGUCCUUGGCAAAUAUGCGCUCAUCAGAGGGCACCCCCUUGGUCGAGAACUUUUCCAGACCACGAAAGCAGAGCAUACGCCAAGCUGGACCACCCGAAGGCCUUCACAGUUCAGAUCUUGUCAGGCCACGUCUAGCUAAUAUGUCAAAUCCCACAGACCGCCUCCUGGAACUCGCCAACUCCUUGCCACAUACGCCCCCAUUGCAACGGCCUAGACGUCCCUCAGCCUCCUCUGUCAAGUCGGCCUCCGCCCACGCCUCCCCAUUACACUAUGCAAACAGCGAGUUCGUUGAGCCACGGCAUCACCGUGUCAGAAAUGCCACAGGUCCGCCGGCUCUUACGUACGCUCGGACUGCUGCUGUUGCUAGCCGCCCCGAGUAUCCCGUUUCAACACCUCUGACAAGCCCAGUUGCGGGUGGGGCCGCUCCCUGGCUGAGCGGGGAUGAAUUUCGGUCCAGUUUCAGAUCCCAGCUCACGGCCUCGACAACCCCUGGUACCGCUGUUACAGAGCGCAGCAGUGUUCUUACAAAAGACAGCUCUGUCACCUCACUCGAAAACCCCGACGAGCCCAGCUUGGAAGAUGUUAUGGGCAUGUACGAAAAGGGCUUUGCGGAUGACGAAGAUGAAAACGAAAGUGACUUUGAUGAUCCCGAGAGCGAAGGCAACUUCGACUUGAGACCUAUGACUGCUGUAUCGGAACCAGAUGGUCGAUCCGCUCCUCCUGCUGUUCCGAGCAUUCCCUUCAGCGCCUCUGCUGCUGAGAACAGUCUCGAACCACCAUUACCGACCGCGCGUUCCACGCUGGACGCCGAGAUUCGUCAAUCGAAAAUGAUCUUUACCAGCCCAGCUUUCACAGCAUCUGUGGCAGCCAUCGCUGGAAAGGCCGACGAGUACAUGCCAGAAAAACGGGAUUCGGCCAAGUCACUUGACUCGGAGCCGUCAAUCAUAUCAGAUCCUGCUACCGCCAAGGAAAUUCAAACAGCUGAUACCACUGCUACCCCGUCUCCGGUUCCGGUUCCUGUUCCUACACUCUCCAGGGUCACCUUGAUGCCCGCUGAGCCUGAGGACCCCGGCUCACGCGACCGAUAUGGCUUUAAGAAGGCCAACCAAUCCAUUACUAGAGAACAGUAUGAUGCCUGGAAUGCGGAAUACUCGGUCUAUAUUGCUCGGAGACGACGGAAGUGGGUAGCUUACCUCAAAGACUGUGCCCUGAUGACUGACCGUCCGAUUCGAUUCCCUUCCCCCAAUGCCAAGACCAAGAGGUUUGUGCGGAAAGGGAUACCGCCCGACUGGCGUGGAGCAGCGUGGUUUUACUAUGCCGGCGGGCCGGCAAUAUUGGCUAAACACGCCGGUUUAUACGAAAGGCUCCUGCAUAAGUCGGCCAAACAGGUGGAUGUCGAGGCAAUCGAGCGGGACCUGCACAGGACGUUCCCGGACAACAUUCAGUUCAGGCCGUCAGCAAACUUGAGUUCCGUGCCCAACAGCGAGCGAACCAGCCAAUCGACCAUGACGGGCUCCUCUGGGGAUGAGAGAACCCCGGGACCGCUGCCUGCCGCCUCGAAUGAGCCACCAAUCAUCACGUCCCUUCGCCGUGUUUUGCACGCCUUUUCCAUUUACAAUCCACGCAUCGGCUACUGCCAGAGCCUCAAUUUCCUCGCCGGACUCUUGCUGCUGUUCGUAGAGACGGAAGAACAAUGUUUUUGGCUGCUGAAUGUAAUCACAAUCAUCUACUUGCCGGGCACCCAUGACAUGAGCCUGGAAGGAUCAAAAGUGGACUUGGGUGUGCUCAUGACGGAGCUGCGCGACACGAUGCCCUCUGUAUGGGACAAGAUUGGUGGCGAACUGGAGAAUCUUUCGACAGGCCGGCCCAGUACGAGUAAAUCCGUACUCAAAACGAGGCCGAUUCUGCGACGGCGGGAACAGCCAAGGUUGUCCACAGAUCGCCUACCUCCGAUUACAUUGUGCAUGACGGCUUGGUUCAUGAGCUGCUAUAUUGGCACGCUGCCGAUUGAAACGACGCUGAGAGUCUGGGAUGUCUUCUUCUACGAGGGUUCCAAGACGCUCUUCCGCAUUGCACUGGCGAUUUUCAAGAGCGGCGAGGGUGAGAUCAAGGCGGUCAAGGAUCCAAUGGAAAUGUUUGGAGUUGUCCAGACAAUCCCGCGGCGAAUGCUCGACGCCAAUGCUCUCAUUGAAGCUUGCUUCAAGCGACGAAACGGAUUUGGACAUCUCAGUCAGGGAGCCAUUGACGAACGCCGACAGGAGAGGCGUCAAAAAACCAAGCAAGAGCGCGAAAUGGCGGAUGUCUGCGGUAACUUGACUGAAGUAGAGUCGGGCACCAUAUCACGCAGGGGCACUCUCUUUGGGAGGAAAAAGAGCGCCACUCUGAGAGCUGCAGAGGUUUGA